UUCCUUGAAUAAAGAGCCUCUGGCCUGUAGGGGGACAGCCUCCUAGGAAGGAAUUAUCAGUAUUGGGAAGAGACUGUGAUAGGUAACACUUGCCAAGGUGCAAGAUCUGAUCAACCGUCUGCUUCUACUGAACUACGAUACUGAGGUCAAGAUGUUGAGGUUGCUGGUGGUGGUGGUGAUGACAACAGCAGCACUAAGAGUCGAUGUGAGAGCAUACAUUGAACCUGAAGUCAGGAAUCAUGAACUGUUUACGCCAAUCCAUGAAAAUUGUACACAAAGUCUGAUGGAGUUACUGUUGCUGAGGCAAGAAAUUCGUUUGAACCAGCUAGUAGACACAGAGAAGGAAUCAGCAACCACACUAGCUACAGUGGCUCACUUACUGACUGAAUUGAAGGAUGCAAUCAUCAGUAAGCCUAAACAAGAAUCAGAGGAUUUUCACAGUGAGGAGUGCACAGCACCAUUCUCAAGAGUAGGAAAAACCUGCCUCUUGCUUGCAAUGGGGCAGAAAAUCACAUGGGCAGCAGCUCGACAAUAUUGCUCUGCCAGAGGUGGUGACCUGGCUACAUUCAGUGAUGCAAACACUUAUGCUGAGUAUCUUGGUUACAUAAAUUCAGUCAGUAAGUAUUAACAUCAAACCUUAUUACAAUAUAAAAAGAAUAAGCCUUACAUCAUAUUUCUAAGCUCAUCAACAGAAUUUUCCAAAAAAAAUUUAUUUUCAAAUUAAAUAUAUUAAGAAUAUAUGCAGGCACAAAAGUCCUUGUGAAAGAUGUUUAUGCAUGUUUCAGCUCUCAAUACAGAGAAGACUUAAAUGAUUAGAUUAACCCUUUAUCAUACCUGUUUAUUUUCUCUCUGUUAUCAAAGAGAUUGAUAAUUACUCAAUCCCAUUUUUUAUGUCAGUUCAAAAACUUUAAACCAACCCUAAUGUGAAACAAACGUGAAAAAUAUAACCUUUCCUUAAUUGUCUCCAGGUAAAAAUACUUCCCGAUACAGAAUGUUAUGAAAAAGUUGCAAAAAUAAAAAUUCAAUAUACAAUAAAGUAACUAACAUAUACUUCAUUUAAUAAUAAAAUAUUUAUUAUUAUUAUUCCAUACAUAGUUAUCUUCUAGAGGAAAUAUUAUACCCAGAAUUAAGGUGACAACUCCAUAACUGAAAGCUACAAUAAUAACUGAAUCUGAUGUUACCUAUGGCAACAGCCGAAUACAGAAUGGGCAGUUACACCACUAGAUUUUGCAGAUAAAGAAAUGAUGGAGUACAUUCCUGUAAUUCAUUGGGGUUAGGUUCCUAGAGGUGCCAUGAAUCCUGAAAAUUCAAAUAGAAAAUUUUGGAUGUAUGGCUUAUUAAAGAAGGUGGAAAGUACAGUACCUGCACUCUGAAGGAAAGGUAGGGAUAUUGAAGUUUGCAGGGUUAUCUGAACUGUACUGUCAGUGCAUUUCUGGCAAGACAGUGAUUGAGGGACAGUGAAAAAAAUUUCUUCUUUGUUGGGUCACCCUACCUCAGUGGGAGAUGGCUGGUGUUAAAAAUUUUUUUUUAUAAAUAAUCCUAUACGUAUGCUUAAAUGUUGAAGUCGAUAAUGAGAAAUGAGCACAUUUUGACUGAAUUCCUAGGACUUCUGCAUCAGUCUUUGUCGGGUAUGGACAUCUCUCUCUUGCCCAAGUAUCAGUGAUAAAUUUUCCCCGUUCUCUCUGGGAUGCUUGUCCUCAUCUAUUUUACCUGCCAGGCACUUAACAGGAGGGGCACCUGGUCAUUGGCUUACUUUUAGCCAGCUCCAUUUUUCUGCUGUGCAGAUAAUCCCCAAAUGGUUUUUCGUGGGAAGCUGGUUACUAACUCAGGUUGGUGUGGGCGUCCUGCUCUGUUUGGGCUUGGCAAAGGGGUCCAAUGGAUAUAAUUAGAAACUUCAAGUUUCUUCUUCUCUUUACAAAGGAACUUCUGUUCCUUUUCUUUCAUUGCCCAGCUUUGGGUAACACAGCUUCUCUGAAUAUCAGGAAGCUGGACUUGAUAUGGCGUAAGCUGUCAGUGGCCCUGAUAAACCCAACUGAAAUCCUACUGUUAUUCUUCAGUUUAGGGGUUGUGUGCCUAGCAAAAAUAUAAUGGGCAGAAAGAAAAUAUGAAUCUAUCACUGAAUGGUCUUUAUUAUUAUCAUUUCUAGGGGAACAAGCUAAACUGAUAGGGGGUCAUGAAUUAUGAUUAAAUUUAUAGCAGAAGUGCUAAACCCAUAUGGGUCAUAGUACUUGAGGAAUGGGAAAAGUCCAUUUCUUUGCAUCAAGAGCCCCUCAUUGGCAUCAAGGAACCUCCCUUAAGGGAAAACAAAUUCAGUAAAAAUGUGUGAUUGAUUCUAUCUUCGAUUUUCCCGUGUUUUUCUUACAAAGCUUUAUGAAGUUUAAGGGCCAUAGAGCAAGUGCUUGAGAAAUGGGAGGUA